GGACUGAGAGGUGGCGAGGUUCGAGGUCAGCUCCUCCCGCCUGAAGACGCGGAAGUGGAAGCUUCCGGCGCAGCAGCAGCACCGGCACCAGCACCCAAAGAGGGACUGGGUGGGACAUGGCGCCGACCGGGCUGAAGGCGGUCGUUGGCGAGAAGAUCCUGAAUGAUGUUAUACACAGCAUGAAAAAGGAAGGAGAAUGGAAGGUCCUCAUUAUGGAUCAUCCCAGCACCCGCAUCCUUUCCUCCUGCUUUAAGAUGUCAGAUCUUCUGGCUGAAGGCAUCACAAUUAUUGAAGAUAUAAGCAAGCGCCGAGAGCCUCUUCCCAGUCUGGAAGCCAUCUAUUUGAUCAGCCCCAUUGAGACGUCUGUUCGUGCUCUGAUAAAUGACUUUAAAAGCACUCCCACGUUCACCUACAAGGCCGCCCAUGUGUUCUUCACGGACACUUGCCCAGAUGAGCUCUUUAAUGAGCUCAGCAAGUCCCGGAUCACGAAAGCAAUCAAGACACUCAAGGAGAUCAAUGUUGCCUUCCUUCCCUAUGAAUCGCAGGUGUACACCUUGGACAGCGUUCAGAGUUUCCACCACCUCUUCAGCCCCUACUGCAGGGAAGAUAAAAACAGCCACUUAGAGAGGAUGGCGGAGCAGAUUGCCACACUGUGUGACACCCUCAAGGAAUACCCUUCAAUUCGCUAUAGAAAUGGUUCAGAAGACUGUUUCCAAUUGGCCCAUGCAGUGUUGGUGAAACUGAAUGCCUUCAAAGCAGACAACCCAACCAUGGGAGAGGGCCCUGACAAAUCUCGAUCACAGCUUCUGAUAGUUGACCGCAGCUAUGAUCUGGUGUCGCCACUUCUUCAUGAGCUCACUUUCCAAGCCAUGGCCUACGACUUGCUCAACAUCGAGAGUGAUACUUACCGGUAUGAAUCCACAGGCAUCAGUGACUCCAGGGAAAAGGUAGUACUCUUGGAUGAGGACGAUGACCUCUGGGUGCAGUUACGCCAUAUGCACAUCGCAGACGUGUCCAAGAAAGUGACUGAGCUCCUGCGUACCUUCUGUGAAAGCAAAAGGCUCACCACAGAUAAGGCUAACAUUAAAGACCUCUCUCAAAUCCUGAAGAAGAUGCCCCAAUACCAGAAAGAACUUCACAAGUAUUCCACACAUUUGCAUCUGGCUGAAGACUGCAUGAAUGCCUUUAAGGGCACCAUAGAGAAGCUGUGCGGCCUGGAACAGGAUCUGGCCACAGGGGCAGAUGUUGAAGGGGAGAAAGUCAAGAACCCAAUGAAGAGUAUUGUGCCAAUUGUCCUUGAUACCACUGUGGAGGCCUUUGAUAAGAUUCGCAUUAUCCUGCUUUGCAUACUUCUCCAGAAUGGCAUUAACGAGGAGAACCUCACCAAGCUCAUCCAGCAUGCCAACAUCCAGCAGGAGAGAGACACCCUCUAUAAUAUGCACUGCCUGGGGGCCGCCAUCAUGCCAGAGUCCUACUGGAGCUGUUUAGGCCUGGCUCCUGCUCUUUUAAUUUUUUUGAAUGGGCUUUUCUACUCGCAGGACACUGGCGGAAACCUGAAGCCUGUGAGGAAAGUACGGUUAGAGCCUACCUACCAACUCUCUCGGUGGAUUCCCAUUCUUAAGGAUGUCAUGGAGGAUGCCAUUGAGGACAAACUGGAUAAGAAGGUCUGGCCCUAUAUGUCUUGCCCUGCCCCUGGUCCCUGUUCCCAAACUGCUGUGAGUGCCCGUUUUGGACAUUGGCACAAGACCAAGACAGCAACUGAGUACAGGACAGGACCCCGUCUUAUCCUGUAUGUGCUUGGUGGAGUUACCAUGUCAGAGAUGCGUUGUGCCUAUGAAGUCACGGAGGCUACUGAUGGAAAAUGGGAAGUGCUGAUUGGCUCAUCCCACAUCCUGACUCCCAAACAAUUCCUGGAAGAUGUGCGCAACCUGACUGAGCAGACACCCCUGAAGACCUAAAACUUCUCUUAGCCCCUAAGAGACUUGCUGGCAAGAGUUCCAUUAGCUACCUGGAGGAAGCUUUUUCCUCAUCAAGAUGGCUUCUUCCUCAUGAAUGCCUUGUUUGAACCCUUCUGAGAUUGGCCCUAUCUUGACCCAGUCUUUAGUCAGCUAUCAUGAUUGAAUUGACACUGGAAGGACCUCUCCAGGGCCUGGGCUGAAGAUAAGCAUCUGUCUUCAUCUCUUAUUAUGAUAUUGUUUCUGGAUGUCCUUUAUUUUUUUUUCUCCCCCAUAAAUGAGGAGGAGAAGCAGGGGCUAUGUAGUUCAUGAAUAAGUCUCUUCUGCUCUUGCUUAUAUGAGGCCAGAAAAUCAGUUUUUUUGACUUGACUUUGAUGGGCUUCAUCAGAGCCUUCUUUUUCUCUUAUACUCCCCACCCACCCACCCACCCACCCACCCCCCACAGCAAAGGAAAUUGAUCAACAAAAGUGAUUGCUUGUUCUUUUAUAGAAAUGUUCUGGAACAAACUGUCACCUCUGAAUUCCCAGGUUUAGAAGCUUGGCUAUUGUUUUAACACUUAGCUUGAAAGUUGCUGGUUUUAAAAAGCAGGAGAGAUACUUUUGCUGAAGAGGGCAUGUGCUGGCUGUGUUACAAAAAUUGCACAGCUCAGCUGAGGAAUCUCACUCUUUAAAAUAUGAAACUCACACUUGUUGGCAUUAUCUCUUCUGUAGAGGAGAAUUCAAGCUGUGAUAGGCAAGAAGAUAAUUUUUGUUUCCCCUAUAAAGAAUCGGGUAUGUCAGCCUUCAUCUUGGAAAGUUACUGUUCCAGGUGGAAAACUGUACUCUGCAUGAGUGUCUUUACUUUGUCCAUGUUCCACAACAUAUUACAAGGGGCUUCCUGAUAACAGCAUGGAAACAACAGCUGGUCAAAAAUGUGGUAGCAAGACUGUUCACCAUGAUGCAGUAAGAUAUAUGCUACUGCUUUACACUCCACAAGUAUCUUGUUUGUAUUUCUGGCCUUAGUUUAAAAUGUUGAAAUUAAACAUUUAACCAGA